UUUGGAAAUAACGAAAUGUGGGUUGUUUUGUGGUUGUUCUUCUCACUGACUGACUCAACGAACGCUUUUGAAAAGAGGAUUUUCGAUUCGUCCAGUAUGACAACAGAAACCAUCGUCCUCAAGGCUGGCGAAAACAGAACACUCUCUUGUCCAGGUGUUAAUGAACACUCCCUAGUUCAGGCCCUGGAGUGGUUCUCAUUAACCCGCAACGUCAAACUUGUGGAAUUCAUGAGCAAUUCGACCACAGUGUGGGACAAUCGGAUAUCACUUGAUACGAAAACCUAUGGACUAUCUUUCCACCCUGCAUUGGCUGAAGACAGUGCAGACUAUAUUUGCCUGGUUAAUAGUCGUCCCAAACCGGAUGGCAUCGUCAGACUGAUUGUACAAGAUGUUCCAGAUCCUCCUGGAAGGCCGCUUAUUGUAAGCUUUACCUCACGCUCUGUCAAUCUGUCCUGGGCCCCAUCCCAGGACACACAUCACAGUCACGUCACUCACUAUAUCAUCCACACAAGAGUUGGUGAGGAUGGAGAAUGGAACGAAGUUGGUGGAAUCCUGACACCGACCAAUGAUAGUACAUUUCAAAUAACGCAUUUGAAACCGUAUACAGUCUACAGCUUCAGAGUUGUAGCAGUUAACAUCAUGGGAGCUAGCCACCCCAGUAAAGAAUCCUAUUAUAUGGUUACUCUCCGAGAAGCACCUACUGGUAAACCAGUAAUCACCAACGCUCAUAAUACCUCUUCAACUUCCCUGCAUAUAAGUUGGAGGCCUCCACACAAGGAAACCAUCCAUGGUGAAUUCUUGGGCUAUCGCAUAGCCUACAGGCCACGUGACCGAGGAGAAGAGGCUUUCAAAGAGAUAUACAUAAGAGAUCCUUCUGUUGAGAGCCACACAAUACAAAGCCUGGAAACUUACACUCAGUACCUUGUAUCUCUACAAGUUUUCAACCCUGAAGGUCCUGGACCUAACACAACAGUCCUUGUUAUGACAGACGAAGGAGUCCCUAGCAAACCAAGGGGAUUGACUGUUUUGGAUGUAACUUCCGACUCCAUCAAAUUAGGAUGGCAAGAACCGGAAGAUGUAAAUGGUGUCAUCGAGGGCUACAGGAUUUACUAUAUGACCAAUUUAACGUAUGUACAAUCCCAGAAGCAAGCAUCCUCCCAUGUCAUAUACAACUUAACAAAUCUGAAACCUUUGACGGAAUAUAAAAUAUGGGUUAAAGCGUUCACUGCAAAACAUGAAGGGUUAUCAUCUGAUCCAGUUGUCAAUACCACCGAUAUUGGAGGCCCAGAUCCCCCUAUUAUCCUGAAUCUCACAUGCCAAACCCAGAAUACCAUGUACCUCAAGUGGAAAAGACCCAAUAAUUUCUUCGACUCUGUGGAUUUUUAUUAUAUUUAUAUACGUCUAGAUAAUCAUAUGUGGAAUAACAUUACUAUACCAACACAAACUAAGCAUUUGGAUACUGCAUUUACCGUGAAGAACGUCACUACUGAUGCCGUUUAUAAAGUUCAGCUUCAAGCAUCUACCAGGAGCAAUAGAACUGGUAGAAUAAUUUUGGGAAACGCCUCUGAGCCUAAGUCAGUUUUCAUGCAAGCGAACUGCGAAAAAAUUCAGGAAUAUAUGCGUCAUACCACGCACGACCUCAGUACUGGAGUUUUAGCUGGGGUAAUAUGUGCAACUUUUGCAUUUUUAUUGGCCAUAUCUGCUUUUGUCAUGUGGAGAAAAUGUUUCCACGCGUCUUACUACUAUUUGGACGAUCCCCCUUGUUCAGUACCCACUGCAUCCUUGGACUGGAACGCCACCCCCGACGGUUCCUCAGAUUACAAGGGGGCUAUUCCAGUUCAUAUGUUCGCUAAGCAUGUUAGCGAGCUCCACGCUGACGGGGACAUUGGUUUCAGCAAGGAAUAUGAAUCCAUUCAAGCUGAAGCCACAACUGACGAUCACACUUCUGAGCAUUCUCAGCAUCCAGACAACAGGGCUAAAAAUAGAUAUCUCAACAUAAUUGCUUAUGAUCAUAGUAGAGUUCAACUGUUGCCGAUGCCUGGACAGAAGAAAAAUAUCGACUACAUUAACGCUAAUUACAUCGAUGGGUUCCAAUGGUCUAAAGCUUAUAUUGGUACUCAGGGUCCACUACCAUCAACUUUCGAUUGUUUUUGGCGUAUGGUUUGGGAACAGAGGGUCAAUAUAAUUGUUAUGAUCACAAACUUGGUUGAACGUGGAAGGCGUAAGUGCGAUAUGUAUUGGCCUAAAGAAGGGACUGAGACUUAUGGGGUUAUCCAAGUUAGACUUGUCAAGGAGGACAUCAUGGCAACUUACACCGUCAGGACACUACAAAUACGCCAUCUUAGAAUCAAGAAGAAGAAGUCAUUGAUGGCUGAAAAGGUCGUUUAUCAGUAUCAUUAUACUAAUUGGCCGGAUCAUGGAACCCCCGAUCAUCCAUUGCCAGUAUUGCACUUUGUGACUAAAUCGGCAGCAGCUAAUCCACCAGAUGGUGGCCCCAUCAUAGUUCACUGCAGUGCUGGUGUUGGAAGGACUGGCACAUACAUAGUUUUGGACGCAAUGCUUCGACAGAUUCGUACCAGGGGUGAAGUGAACAUUUAUGGUUUUUUGAAACACAUACGUUCGCAGAGAAAUUUCUUAGUACAGACUGAGGAACAGUAUAUUUUCAUUCAUGAUGCACUGGUCGAGGCUAUAGAAUCCGGAGAGACUAACAUUAGUAGGGAACAGUUCCCUAAGUAUGUUCAAGUGUUGCAGAAUGUCAUGUCUGAAGACAGGCCAGAACUGUGGAAACCACUCGAAACACAGUUUAAGUUAGUUACGAGUUUCCAAUGUAAAGACUUCUACCUAGUGUCAGCUAACAAAGUGAUAAAUCAGCCAAAGAAUAGACGGAUGGAUAUAUUACCAGUUGAAAGUUCCAGAGUUCAUCUAACACCCAAGCCCGGCGAAGACGGAUCAGACUACGUGAAUGCUUCUUGGAUGCAAGGUUUCCACAGCCUAAGAGAAUUCAUCAUCACUCAGCACCCCCUCAAGCAUACGAUAAAAGAUUUCUGGCAGAUGGUUUGGGACCACAAUGCGCAAAUGAUCGUGAUGCUUAGCAUCAUCGAUAACCAAAACUUUGAGGUGUUCUGGCCGAUGGACCAAGAGACGAUUGAUGCGGAUUCAUACAAGAUCAAACUUGUCAACGAACAGGCUCAAUCGACUUACGUGACUAGGGACUUUACGAUGCAAUCUUUACAGGACGAUUACGAGAUACCAGUUAAAAUGAUCCAUUGCACCAACUGGCCCCAUCACUGUGCCAGUAUUGCUGAGGUUUAUCAACUACCGAACAUCGUUCUAGAUUCUGGAAUACAAAAUGGACCAAUUGUAGUUGUUGACAGAUUCGGUGGAACUGAAGCAGCCAGUUUCUGCAUAUUAACGUCGCUGAAGAAGCACCUUACUUACGAUAACCACGUAGAUGUAUACUUGUAUGCCAAAUUAUACCAUAACCGCAGACCGGGCGUAUGGAAUUCCAUGACUGAUUAUUUACAACUGCACAGGGCGGUACAGACCUUAUGCAGCCCCCCAGAAAACGCAACCCCUGAUCUGUACGCCAUGGCUAACGGUGGUGUGAAUGGUUCUGUUUCCAGUGAUUGCAUCAGGGUGCCACCUGAAGAACAUCCAUUGAUACAUAGCCAAGAUGUUUUGAAGUGUUUUCAUUCUUGAAUGUUAUCAUUAUCAUGAGUCAUUAAAUCUACAAGUGGAGAGAAUAGCAGUAACCCAUGUAGUUUUGAUUGGUGCACAAAAAAUGUAUUCAUUUUUACUACAACAUUUUUAGACAAAACGAUGAAAACAAGAUUUACAGUUGAAAAUAAUUUUUCUCUAAUGUAUAUUUAAGGUGACAAAUUUUUAAAGGAAUAUUUUAUUAUUCAUCUGCAUAUUUGUGCAUUUUUUGUGCAGAGUUGAUAGUAUGGCAUUUGUUGGUGAUACUCAGAUAAAAAUUAUUCGAGUUUACCAAUAGGGAAAGAUUAGUCUGUAAAAUAUGUAGUAAAUGUAUGUAAAAAUCUACAAAGAGUAUAUUAAAUAUUGUAAUUCCAUAUUUAUAAGUGUAUAGUCUUAGUUUUUGUAUAUUGUUGUUUUCAGAAACUAUAUUGAUGAUAUCCACUAAUUUCAAGUGAAAAGAGGGCAUCAAGCAUAUCCUGUAGAAAGUUUGAAAGUUGAUGACCCCCAAAUUUAGUAUCCGUCCACCCAGGCUUUGAACAUUUCAAGUUGAUUGAUACCUCUUUUUUCACUGGAAGAUGUUUUAUUCUUUAUCAAAUGUCUCUCAUCCAAUUGUAAUUUUAUAGGUGAAUUAUUUAAUUUAGUAUUGUAUUGUCGACUCGAUUUUUAUCACAUAUUCUCCAUGUUUUACUAAUGUUAUUUAUUUUUAUAUAGAUUAUUAUCAGUAUGCAUAUAUUUAUUGAAUCAAAUAAAUAUGGAAAAUUAUGAUUUUAGUUCCUUUUGUUGCAGGAAAAUGUGUAUCCUGUUUCAUCAUGUAUAGCAGAUACUGUAGUAUUCUAAAAUUCUUCGACACCUUGUGUAUGUUGCAUUAUAUUUGUGUUAUUAAAAUUAAAUUUUCAA